CUGAAGAUGUUGGUCUCAUGGCGGAGAUCGUUAUUCGUCAUAAUUAUGGCGACACUUGCGAUUUCAGUACUCACUGAAGGUGGUGUCCGGCUUCCUCACCGAAUUGUGCUGGAUACAGAUGUUGACACAGAUGAUUUUUUUGCUAUGUUGUAUCUUUUGAAGCUUAACAGAUCUGAAUUUGACUUGCAGGCAAUAACUAUCAACACGAAUGCAUGGUCCGACGCUGGACAUGCAGUAAAUCAGAUAUAUGAUAUCCUUUACAUGAUGGGGCGGGACGACAUUGCUGUUGGUGUAGGAGGUGAAGGUGGAAUACUCGAAGAUGGUACUAUACAACCAAACGUUGGCGGAUAUAUUCCUUUAAUUGACCAGGGGAGUGGUACAGAUGGACCUUGUAGAUAUAGACAGGCUAUUCCUGUGGGAGCUGGAGGAAGAUUAUAUAAAGAUACAAACUUUGGCUAUCGAAAAAGCUUUCUUCCUCAGGGAAACAGGAGAUACACACCUCUUGAACAACCUACGGCUCAGCAAGUACUAAUCGAAAAGAUAUCAGAUGGUCCCAUUAGUCUAUUUGUAAUAGGAGCACAUACAAAUCUUGCUAUUUUCCUUAUGAGUAAUCCAGAUUUGAAGAAAAAUAUUGAACAUAUUUAUAUCAUGGGUGGCGGUGUGAGGUCAAAGAACCCAACUGGUUGCUGUCACAAAAAUGCAGACUCAUCUUGUAAACCUCAACAGUGUGGUGAUCGUGGUAAUAUUUUUACAGGCUUCAAAAGUAAUCCUUACGCAGAGUUCAACUUUUUUGCUGACCCUUUUGCGGCAUACCAGGUUAUUCAUUCUGGAAUUCCGAUUACCCUUGUUCCCCUGGAUGCAACAAACACGAUUCCCAUAACUCGAAACUUCUUUGAGGCAUUUGAACGGAAUCAGCAUACAUAUGAGGCACAGUAUGCUUUUAAGUCACUGAAGAUGGUCCGAGAUACUUGGUUUGACGAUCAAUUCUAUGAGAGUUAUUUUUUGUGGGACUCAUUUAUGUCUGGUGUUGCCACUUCAAUUAUGCAUAACUUGCACACAAAACAUGGAGAAAACGAAUUUGCUGAUAUGGAGUAUGUGAAUAUUACUGUGGUUACUUCCAAUGAACCUUAUGGAAUCUCGGACGGGUCAAACAAAUUUUUUGAUGGUCGUAAUAUUCCAAAAUUCAACUUAACUAAAAAUGGAGUUCAUAGUGGUCAUGUUCAAACAGGCAUUCGGGAUUCAUUUUGCCUCAACAAGACAGGAAGAUGUAAGGAUGGUUACACACAGAGAGUCAACGGACCUGAUUCAGUGCGUGCAUUGGUUGCUACAAGGGCAAAGCCAAAUCGUGACAAAAGUAGUUCUCUGGAUAGAGAAUUUUUUGUCAGUUUUCUGGAAGUAGUAAACCGACAACAAAAUAAAGGCAGAUUCAACUUUACAUCUCAAUUUCCUUAUUACAAAGAAGUACUCUACAAACCAGAUUUUAAGGGGAAAAAACUAGGAAAGACUGUCGUGUUUGACAUGGAUAUGAGUGCUGGUGAUUUUUUGGCUCUCCUGUAUCUCCUGAAAGUACCCAUCGAGACAAUGAAUCUUAAGGCAAUACUAGUAACUCCAACAGGCUGGGCAAAUGCAGCAACAAUAGAUGUCAUAUACGAUUUGCUACAUAUGAUGGGUCGUGAUGAUAUCCCUGUUGGUUUAGGGGAUUCAUUUGGUUUAAACCAGUCUUACCCAAAUGACCCCAGUGUUGGCAACUGCAAGUACUCAAAGGUUAUACCCCAUGGAAGUGGUGGCUUAUUAGACGCUGACACUCUCUUUGGACUUGCUCGUGAUCUACCAAGAAGCCCAAGAAGGUAUACUGCAGAAAAUUCUGUUGAGUUUGGAGCACCUCGGACUACUGAUUUUUCUGAACUUAGACAACCACUAGCACUAGAAGUUUGGAAAUUAGUAGUGAAAUCUGCUGAUCUUGAAUCUAAGAUUACCAUUCUGACUAACGGACCAUUGACAACUUUAGCAAAAAUUGUACUUGAGGACACAACUGCUAAUUCAAUCAUCCAGGAGGUAAUUAUUCUAGGAGGACAUGUGGACUGCGGUAACAAAGACAAGGGAAAUGUCAUCAAUGUUCCUUCAAACAAAUAUGCUGAACUAAACAUGUUUCUAGACCCUUUAGCAGCAAAAGUGGUAUUUGAUUCAAUGCUUGAUAUCACACUCAUUCCUCUUACCACACAACGAAAAGUCAGUUCAUUUCCACAGAUUAUAAAAGCGUUGAACCUGAAGAACAAGACACCAGAAGCUCAUUUCAGCCAGCGUCUGCUCACAACUCUGUAUCACCUGCAACAAAGAAACCAUAGAUAUCGACAUAUGGAUAUGUUCUUGGGGGAGAUCCUUGGAGCAGUAAUCUUGAAUGAUCAACAAACCUUAAAUCCUGCCUACCAAGUCAAACAUCUCAAGAUUCAUGCAACAGGACUAGCAUCUAAAGAUGGACAAAUUAUAAUUGAUAAUGAACAAAGGAAAUCAUUCAAAGUACUGGUGAAGUUUGACCACAUAUCUUAUUACAAAAUUUUUGCAGAUCGCCUUGCUAACGACAAACAAUCAGCUGUUAUUGGAAACUUUGAUGACCAAAAAAGAAUUUGGAGCAUACGGCAUCCCAGGAGAGGAAGAAAAAUCUUGAGGGACUGGUAAAAAUAGUAGAUAAUGUUCAGAAUGACGAGACAACCUACGCUAGAUGACAUUUAUUUACAUGUAAAUAUUUAUAAAGCCAUAGGAUAUACGAUUUGGGAGUCCUAAUAGAUUGUUAGUUUGAUCUUC